CGCUCUCUGGAUCCAACGUCUACUUACCUGGGCACUCUCCACCCUCCGUCGAGUACUCUCUCUCCCGUCCAACUCUCGACAUGCCAUAAUGCCCACCGCUUUGUCACGAGUGCUUCGUCGACUGAGCCCUCCCCGGCGGCCUAGCCUGUGAAUUCGAGAAUGAAAACUGUACCCACGCUUUGUGCAACUGCCACUUGCAUUGGUGCGUCUGCGGUCGGUCUCUCAUUUGGUCGUGAGAAUCCCCUCGAACCUCCGUCCGCCACCAAAAGGAAAGCCACUCCAGCACCACGAGAGCUGGAUCGAUACCCAAUGUCCACCACCGUGCAGACCGCCGCCAUAACCACCACCACUACUCCUACUCAUAAUACUGCUACUGCAUCUGCAACUACUACAACUACCACGCCCGCCGGCCUGUCCUAUUCUUCUCCUAUCCCUCCUCCCCCAUCGUCAUCUUCCUCCCGCGUCCCCUUCACGACUCGUUAUAGCUACGAUGGCCGCCCACAACGUCGACUAGUAAGGAGAAUGACCAGUGGAGAUACCUCUCUACAGCCGCCCAGCUCAGUGAUCAACGGAAAUUACUCCCACAGUGACCAAGAGGUGGAUGAUUUCGAACCAACAUCUCGCGUUCCAUCACGCAGGUCGUCUUGGAUAAAGCGCCUCUCCAACAUCUCCAACUCCCAGGCUUCGAGUAGAAACUCGAGUCCCGGGCCCAUGUCCCCCUCAAUGUCUGUCUCGAACGGAUCAAUGGCUUUUUCGCACGACGGCUCUACCGCUCCCAUAAUAGGAAAACGCUCCCCCUCACCUCUUCCUCCUAAUAAGCUUGUAAAGCGCUCCUCAUCCAUACGCAUCCCACUCCAGGAUCCCCCCACCUCCUCCGGAUCCCGUCUUCCUUCGCUGCGGCGGCCAGCAACCAGUCACCAACGGUCCGCCACCCUUCAACAACACACAGUCUUUAUGGAUUUCACAGCAAGACACCACCCUCCGAUUAGCGAACAGCCAGUGCCAACUAAAACGGACGGCGACGUGCAGUAUACGCAAUUCUUCACAGCAAAGGUGUCAAAAGAGAAGACGCUGAAACGGCGAGGUUCCCUCGCCGCCGGCAAGAGCCUCAAACGAAUAUUUCCAGACGAGAAACAUAGGCCCACGCUCGUUCUCGCCAAAUCCGUAUCUCCCAGUAGCUCUGACGAAGUCGACGAGUCGUCGAGCGACGAUGGCGACAGUGUAUUUCUAGCGAGCAGGCCUGGCACGCCCUUGAGCUUCACUGCCGUCAUUCCCUCCAAACCAACUGCGCGCACCUCCCAGGAUAGUAUUGCGAGCCGCGGUCCCGCUUCCGCAGAAAUAACGGAGGAUGCCGCACGGCGCAGGCGUUCCUUCUCGAUCUCCGACUUACUCUCGCCAGGAUUAGGAUCAGGAUCAAACGCCAAGAGGCAGCGGAGUCUUAGAUUACCCGGGGCAAAAUUGUCACGUAAAUCCAGCCAGAGGACCAGCUCUGCUCCGCUUCCAAGUAUGGAGGGCAGGCAGGGCAGGCAGAGCAGCACUGCGCACGGAGAAUUUACCGCUGCAGAUGCAUCGACAAAACGGCGAGAUCUCACCGACCCCACCCGUGUUCGACGCGAAAUUUCAACCUCCGCCGGACCCACCGAGAGAGGAAAUUCACGAAAUUCAGGAAGCGGGCUUCGGCCUCAUUCUUCGUCCUCACGGUUGCCCGCAUUGCCAUUACAACAUGCUGCUGCCAUGGGGCAGUCAAUGCAUCAAAGCGAUGGUAAACCCUACACCUCACCAGGCACCAAUCAGAUCCCUCCAUCUCCAACCCUAGCUCAAACGGGAGGACGACCGUCCCGUCACUCUGUCGCGCCAUCAGAACAAGCGUCCACAUUGGUUGGCUCCGACAACGAGGCUCGUGGCGUAGGAUCGGGCGACGAGGACGACGCGGAUCUCCAGAGUGAGACCGUCUUUGAUUCGUUGCGCACCGGUGCAACUAGGAGCACGUCCGGAGCCCGUGGCCCUCGCAUUGAGACAAUAUUUGACGAGUCUCCCCCGUCGAAGGUUAAAGUCACCGCAUUGCGAGAUUUACUUCCCAAGGGCACCUUCCGGGAGCACGCCGCCGAUGGUGCUCCCGGCCAACAGAGCAUUGCAGAGGAAGAAGAGAGCAUAUCUACGCCAGUGCGGACGGUAGUGCCCGAGCGAUCAAUCAAUGACUCCCCAAGCCUCUCUCGUGGACAAGUCGCACCUCUAUUUCCUAGUCUAAUACCCUCCUCCCCGCCGGACAUGCCCAAGCAGCUCUCACUAGGUAGACUUGAAUGGGACACGAGAGCCGAAGAUGACGACGACAGCAGCAAGUGGUCGAUAGAAGAAGAGGACGAGGACGACGAAGAAGACACCUCGUGGGCAGACUUUCCAAGCCAUCCGCCAGCCACACCACUCGUCGCAACUCCUGUGUCUCUGGGACGCCACAACCCUCGCAUGCUUGCCUCGGGAUCUAGCCCUAAGCCGUCCACACCACAACAUCUCUCCGCCGAGUACGCUGAUAGGGACGCGCGAAGCAGCAUCUUUGAUUGGUCAGAGCAACAACCGACAGAUAAAACAUCAGGCAAUCGCACACCGCCACGUCCAUCGACAGUACAUGGGAAGAAGGAUGCAGACAGGAGAGGAAGUCGUUCGGUAGGUCGACGAGCGCCUAGUGGGUUGCACGCACGUAGCCAGAGCGUACCCGUCGUACCAGACGCCGCUGGCAAGCGUAGCACAGUCGUCACCAACAAAUUCGGCACUUGGGGCGUGGGAAGCAAGGGGGUGACCGAAGAUUGGAACGAUGACUUCGACUUCUCGGACCGCAGCGAUGGACCUUCCCCGGAGGGUGCAGCCGAGUCGCACAGGAUCGACAGUGGGACCAUGAUGAUGAUCGUACCCAAGACCAUUCAAGAGCAGCAGAGCAACGUACUCGCUAACAUUGGGUUACUGCGAGAGUGGGGGCUCCUCAUCGAAGAGCUCAAAGAGCAGAGAGUUCGCGCGAUAACCCUAGGCCUAUUCGGCGGACCCAGCGCCGGAAUGUGGGAGGAAGUCGAUGCCAUGAUCGACCUCGCGGAUCAAGAGGCCGAAGAGGAUGGUAUUCCUCGCUUAACACCACCCUCGUCCCCUGGAUUCGACGAGCAUGCCUUUGAUGACGUGUCUGGAGCUAGCCCCAAGCAUGGCCGUGGUGGGCGACGAACAUCUGGCGGUUUGACGAGCGGAUUGGCGAACGCGGAUCUUGGCAAGAACAUCCACCUCGACCACCAACCCGUCUCUCAGCCCAACCGGUCUCAGAGGAGAUCGAUACUGCCACCGAAUCACGACAUCUUUGUACCGCAAUCAUCCCCGAUCCCUCCCAAAUCCACUUAUGAUUCCAGCACGAUAGUUACACGACCUCGGAAAGAUUCUGAAGCGAAGGCGCGAUACGUUAUCGAGUCGUUACAGAAACGUAGAAGCACACACGAACCAACAGAGGAUGCGCCGCGCACGCCGGCCUCCAAGAAGGUCGCAUUCGAUACGGCAACACUGCGCCGCAUCGUCCCAUACGUAAAUACAUUAACGCGCCAAGUGAAAAAUACCCUACGAGAAGCAGAAGGGCUCUACAGCGGCACUCCUGGCACGAGCCCCCAAGAACCACCAUUCAGCAAGAUAUUCCAAACAGAGGAAGAACUCGCCGGACGGAUGAAAGUAAUGACAGUCAUGUAGUUCGAUCACGAUGAAAUCGGGCGUGUUCAUUGAACGCUUUCGCGUCGAUGGAUCGCCUUGGCCACGACACAGUUAAAUAUAUACACAAAAGUUAGGAAUCGGAC